AUGUUCAAAGAGUCAGCCACAAAGGACCAAAUAGAGAAUUAUAUGAACAGAAUACGGGAGGAUGGUGGCAAGGUCAAAUACGACUAUAGCGAAUUAAUGAAGGCGGUGGCAAUCUGGGUUGCUGAUGAUUUGGUAAAGUCAUUUGCCAGUGAUCCCCUUGUCGAAUCCAUGGAGAUUGGGUUUCUAGAGCUCGAUCAAGUAGCCUCUACUCAAGUUUGA